GCAUGACGCAAGCCAGCUCGCGCCCGCAGAGGUGAGGAAGCCGGGAACAGCGGAGAAACACGUUUCUCGCUAGCCUCCGUUCUCACGCGCCAUGUCGACCCCCAUCCAGCAGCCUCCUCAGACUAGCGGCGGAAAGCGCAAAGGCAAAGCUCAAUAUGUGCAGGCCAAGCGGGCUCGGCGCUGCGACGGCGGCGGGCCGCGGCAACUGGAACCCGGGCUACAGGGCAUUCUCAUUACCUGCAACAUGAACGAGCGCAAGUGCGUGGAGGAGGCCUACAGCCUGCUCAACGAAUACGGCGACGACAUGUAUGGGCCGGAAAAGUUUACGGACAAAGAUCAGCAGCCCUCUGGAAGUGAGGGAGAAGAUGAUGAUAUGGAGGCUGCCUUGAAGAAAGAAGUUGGUGACAUUAAAGCAUCAACAGAGAUGAAGCUAAGAAGAUUCCAGUCAGUGGAGAGUGGAGCAAAUAAUGUAGUCUUCAUCAGGACACUUGGAAUAGAACCUGAGAAAUUGGUACAUCAUAUUCUCCAGGAUAUGUACAAAACCAAAAAGAAGAAGACUCGGGUUAUUCUACGUAUGUUACCCAUUUCAGGCACAUGCAAGGCUUUCUUAGAAGAUAUGAAAAAAUAUGCAGAAACAUUUUUGGAACCCUGGUUUAAAGCUCCAAACAAAGGGACAUUUCAGAUUGUGUAUAAAUCUCGAAAUAACAGUCACAUGAAUAGAGAAGAAGUUAUCAAAGAAUUGGCAGGAAUAGUAGGCAGCCUCAAUUCAGAAAAUAAAGUGGAUCUUACCAAUCCACAGUACACAGUGGUAGUAGAAAUCAUUAAAGCUGUCUGUUGCCUGAGUGUUGUGAAAGAUUAUAUGUUGUUCAGAAAAUAUAAUCUCCAGGAGGUGGUGAAGAGUGCUAAGGACCCAUCACAACUUAACCCAAAGCAACCAGUGCAAGCAGGAAAUGGGAAAGAAGCUAAAUUGGAAUCUGGUGACAAAUCAAGUCAACAUGACCCAGUAGAAGGAAAAAAUAACCAGCAGGUGGUACCAGAAAAUAUUGAGGAACCGGGGCAGAUAAAACCAAGAUCUGAGACACCAGUGGUGAAUGACGGAGGAGCUAAACCUGAACUUGAAAGUCAAGUCACAGAAAGAUCUGAGUCGAAUGAAAAUGACCUCUCAUAAGAAAAGAAAAUUCAUUUGGUGUUGCAGACACAUCAGGAGUUUGGAAUCAAUGCUGAACACAGGUACUUACAAUUAUUUGUUAACAGCAGCUUGAGUGAUGAAUGCAAAUCCAGAGAUCACGAUCUCUGAACAGAGCUUGGGUACAAGUGGGGUUUUGAGAUCUAAUUCCAGAUAAGUGGUUUGUGAGUGUGAGGAGCGCAGUGUUUCGGUAAAGCUAAAAGUUGAGUUUUAUUUACAUGUCACACAUGUAUUUAACAUUUCAGUCAGACUAGUCCUAUGUAUUAUACGGGGAGUCCUUGAUUUGCAGAUGACCCCUCAAACCUACACUAUUAGAAGCGUGUAAUAGGGAGACAAAUGGAGGUUCCAGAGAAUAUGGUUUUAAAGGGACUUGAGGAGGCUUGGUGGAGGGAUUUUGUAUGCUGAGAGAUGAACUCUUGGGAAGGAUCCAUCUACCCGUAAAAGGUCUUUUUUGCCUAAUAUUUCUUGGCUUCUCUUUGGAAUACUAUUCAAAACCCACCAAUUAGAUAAUUAUUGAGGUUAGUUAAUUAUAGUUUAAGUUAUUAAUUACUCAUACAUUGAUUCCAAUUGGUAUUUACUUCUAAUGUUCAGAUGAAACCAACUAUAUUGAGAGAAUGAGAAUAUGGUAGCAGGAGAAAAGUACUUUGGAGAAUGGAAUCCACUGGGUGUGGAGGUGGUACUGGAGGUUUCAGUAUGGGUUCCAUAGAGUCACUGCAGAGGGUCACUGGUGUGUAAAAGGCAUCAGAGAGGGCAUCUGCGUGGCUCAGUUGGUUAAACAUCUGCCUUCUGCUUGGGUCAUGAUCCCAGGGUCCUGGGAUCGAGCCACACAGUGGGCUCCCUGCUCAGUGGGGAGCUUGCUUCUUCCUCUUCAUCUGCCACUCCCCCUGCUGUGCGCUCUCUGUCAAGUAAGUAACUAAAAUCUUUUUUUUAAAAAGGGUGUCAGAGAAAGAGGUGUGGGAGGAUGCUGAUAUACAAACUGUUUUUGAAAUUUUGCUAUUACUGAGUCUGUAAGAAACUUCCAUGAGGAAAGGAAACAUCACCCUUCCAUACUACUUGGCUUCCUCCUAAAACUGAGGCUGUUACUGUCAUUCCCCAAGUUCCUUUUCAUUAGGUCCUGGGUAGGCUUGUGGGACUUAUUUGGGAACCUGGCCACAGUCUCCUAUUUGCAUUGUUUCUUGUGAGAAAAUAUAUUCUGAUUUCCAUGACAAUCAUACGUACAGUAAAAUCUGCUUUUUCUUAUGCAGCAUCUGUUCUCCCCUUUUAGUAAUAGUACCCUGAUUUUCCUACAGAGUAUUACCUUAACUUCUCUCUCUGGUGGUGUUGACACUAACUUCUACCUUCAAUGACCAGCAUAUGAUCCUGGUCUGUCCAGUGAGCAUACACGAUUCUCUGGACCACAUUGGUUAGAUACAUUAUCUAAGAUAGGCAAAUGUUAUUCUGGGAGUCGCUUGAAACUGUUGGUAAAGGAACUGUCUCCUUUACUGGUUGUGAAGCUAUGUGUGUUUGGAAUCAGUUGCUACCAAGUUGGAAGAACCUGCCUGAGUGGAGCCAACCUAAAGAACAACAGCCAGGAAAUGAAGAGAAAGUUUUGCUAACUUCACAUGAACCCUCAGAUGUAGCUGUUGAAGACCUCACUUAUGUGUGAGCCAGUAAAUUCCUUUUUUUUUUAACUUAAGUCAGUUUGAGUUGAGUUUCUGUCACUUACCACUGAAUGAAUCCUAAUACAUCCCCAUUGGAACACAACUCAUUUGUAAAGUUGAGUUACCGGGUGAUGGGUAUUGAGGAGGGCACGUGUUGUGAAGAGCACCGGGCGUUAUAUGCGACUGACGAAUCGUUGAAUGCUACAUCAAAAGCUAAUGAUGUACUGUAUGUCGGCUAACAACAUAAUUUAAAAAAAUGAAGAGAAAAAAAUAAAGUCGAGUGCCUAGUAUACAUUUUUGGCACAUGUGUGCUUCAUAAUGAGAAUUACAUGACUACUCUUGAUUGAUUCUUCAGAGGAGUCAAAUGGGUAGAACUGGAAAAUAUCAAAUUGCUACUUUAAGGACAUUCACUCUACCUCUCCUCUGAUUGGAUCUGGACUACUGACAACAGCUGAUUCAACAACUGCUGGGUGUUCAAUUAGCGCACUCUCCACUUCAAACGGCCCAAUACGGUACCUAGAAGCGGAAAAGAAGCCCUUGAUCACUACAUCACCCAAGUAGGAGAUCCCCCCUGGCAAUCUGUUACUCUCUAAGAGUGGCAAAUGUACAAACCCAGAAGAUAUGAUGACAUCAUCAGCUCUGCCAACAAACCAGAAAUACCCAUCAUUGUCCAUCACUCCUCUGUCUCCAGUGACAUAAAAAUCCCCUCUUACUGUGGCAGCAGUUUUCUCUGGAUUGUCCUAGGAAUCGAAGAUGACUUUGGACAUUAAUUUGGUCACAUAGAAAAAGGUGGAUGACACCCAUGAAGUGACUAGUACCUUGCACAUUCUAUUUCUAAAAAAUUGAUUUUUUUUAAAAAAAGGCAGUUCCUACUGUAGAAUACCAAAAGUUCAAGAAUAUAAUGAAAGGGAAACCCCUCUUGCACCUCUUCUGCCCUGUAUCGCCCCCUCCCUGCCCCCUGCAGCCUGCCUAGCUGUCUUUUCUGAGGACAAGCACAGCAACUUGUUUCUUACACAUAGAAUUUAAUCUUUACAAAACUCUUAGGAGAUAGGUAAUAUUCUCCCCAUUUUACAGUUGAUGAAAUAGACUUGGAUUUUGUGACUUGCCCAAGGUUACUCGGCAACAUAUGGUGGAUAUGAAAUUUGGACCCAAGUGUGUAUGACUCCCUAUACCGCCUUUCUAUUAACUUGUGACGAGCACAUUCUACGUUUUUGUACCACAUAUUCAGAGAAGAAACAGAAGGGUCGUGUGGACUUCAGUCUGAGGGCAAUUUCCCCUUCUUUGCCAGGUGGUAGUAUGUUGCCAUUUUCAUCUACAAUCUAGAAUGAAAGAAACAAUUUAGGUUUCUAAAAUUUUCUUUUUACAAAAUGAAAAUUAGGUUAUGAAUAGUUGUACAAUGACUAGCAGAAAACUGUAAAACAUUCUUCUUUAUUGAAAUAGUCAGAUAUUACCCACCUGGACGUCAUAGGGUAGUACUCUUUUCCCCAUUGAACCCGGUUUAAUUUCUUGUCCUUUUUGAUUGGCACAAAUUAUUCCCUAUUGAGAGAACAUGUUUCAUAUAAGAAUGUAAAAAUUCAUUUUCUGUAACUAUGUAUAUCAUGACAAAAUAACAUAAGACUGAGUUUUGACUGGAUCGAUUUUCCCAUGCUUGUCUUCUGGACACACACACACACAAACACACACAAUUUUAGACCAGUACUUCUCAAACAUGUGUCAGAAUCACCUGGAACAUUCAUUUUCAAGCACAGGUUGUCAGGCCCCAUCCCAGAGUUUCUGAUUGAGUAGGUCUGGCUGGGGUGGGGUGGGGUGUCUGAGGAAUUUGUGUUGCUACCAAAUUCCCAUAUGCUGCUGCUGCUGCUGGUUUGGGGGCCACACUUUGAAAACUACUUCUUUAGACUAAGGAUCCCAUUUAGUGCACCUUGGGAUAAAUUCCCCACUGGGGCUCUCUGGGGUCCUCAGUGCUGUUGAGAAGAUGAGCCACUUGAUUCUGACCCUGUCCAACCCCUAACACCUUUGAGGCUUCUCCUGCAUGGGUAGAAGACAGGAAGACUACAGGGAAUAAUCCAAAUUCCCCUCUGGCCAAGCCAAACUGGGCAAUUCAGAGGUUUUGGUAGUCACUGGCAAGGUAAGGUAUUCCGGGAAACUACAUAAAAAUUUAGAGCACCAAGGGGGCUCUUUAGGGGCUCAUCCUGGGGUUGAAAGGCCCCCAAUAUGCUAAGCUUAAGCUUUGCCCAUUAAACAUACCACUUCUGUCUGUCCGUAGCCUUCAUACAGUUCCAGCCCAGUUUGUGCCUUCCACUGUUCCAGCACCUCUGGGUUGAGUGGCUCCCCUCCUGUCAAGCAGUGUCGUAGCUUCUUGAAUUUGUAUCUGCAGACACAGAGUCACAUGGGGUCUUUGGGGAGAAGAAAUCUGAGUGGCUUUCAUUAAAAAAUUAUUAGGAUGUUCUAGCAACAAGCAAAUGAGCUAGGAAAGGCAAAUCUUAGGAACAGCAAAUAUUUUCGAGCACCUACUAUCUUACCAGAUAUGGUUGUAGGUUGUGUGGGGCAUAUUUGUGAUUAAAGUAAAUUUCCUGACAGAGCUUGCAUUUUUGCAGGCUGUUAAAGGAGGGGAGAAGGUAAGAGAAAAUGCUGAUAAUGAUCUUAAGCACUUAUUAUGAACAAAGUGGUAAAACAACUAACAUUAAUUGAGCAUUUACAGGACUGUGAGAGCUUUAGGAGCAUUCUCAUAAUCCUCAUGCCCUAUUUUACAGAUAAGGAAAUUGAGGCUGGGAGAACUUAAAAGAAGUUGCCCAAGGCCUCAUGAAGGCCUGAGCUGACUACUCUUCCCCUACCAUGUGUUGGGUGUCUGACCAAAUAGGCCACUUACAUUGAAUUCUCAACACAAACACAUGAGGCAGCUCUUAAUCCUCUCUUGUGGAUGGAAUUAAGGGAGGCUUACUUAGCAAAGUCAUCUCGAAUGUCUGAGGUACAGAGCCCCACUUGUUUUCAACCCUGGCCUUACUACUGUGCUUCCCACUUUCUCAAGUGAGAAAGUCUGGAACAGCCUGGCUCUAAUGUAUUGAGGGUCCAAUGGGCAGGACCAGAAUUGUGCCGGUUCAAAAUAAUGCUUGAAAGCCCUUGAACUACUCUUGAGAUGUGAGCAAGAUGCUCACAUUUUGAGGGGCACCUGGGUGGCACAGUCAGUUGACUGUCCGACUCUUGGUUUUGGCUCAGGUCGUGAUCUCAGGGUUGUGAUCUCAGGAUCUCGGGUUCGUGAGAUCGAGCCCUAUGUCAGGCUCUGUGCGGAGUCUGAGUUUCUCUCUCCCUCUCCCUCUGCCCCUCCCCCCAUGUGCUCCCUCUCUCCCUCUCUGUCAAAUAAAUAAAUAAAUAAAUAAAUAAAAAGAUGCUCAUAUAUUGAGGGCCACAAGGGUGUUGACCCUGACUAGGAUAAGAGAAGGUUCAGAUCUGCUUUAUUUUGUUUCAUAGCACUCUCCCUCCUGGACAUCCACACUUGGGGGGAUAGAGGAUGUGCCGGUCUGCACUACUUAAAUUGUUAUUACUUACAUUGUUUCUCUCUUCCUUUCUGUCCUCAUGUAUUCAAUUCAUAUUGGUUAAGUAAAUGUACAUUGCAAGUCCUCUAGGGGUUCAGUUGAUUUCAAUAAAUUGAUUAUAAUCUUCAAGUCAUAAGACUUCAUUAGCUUUUCUUCAAGGCAGUAUAAGUGCAGUUGUAUUUUGGGAUGGAGGGGAGUUAGUUCUCAGACUGUAGGGUUCUGGUUGUCCCUGAGAAAACAUGGAGUUGCCCCUAGAGGCUAUCCUUAGGGACAACUGGGAGGUGAUUUAGGCAAUAUCUGGAGACAUAUUUGAUGGUCACCAGGGAGGUUCCACUGGCAUCUAGUAGGUGGAGGCCACGUAGAAUGCUGCUCAACGUCCUACAGUGCACAGGACAGCUCCCGACAGCACAGAAUUAUUCAGUCCAAAAUGUCAGUAGUGGCAAGACUGAGGAAACCUGUGCUGAAAUGGGGAGAUGUGUGAUGCUGGACUGCAGCUUUUGUUUGUGCUUCAAAUGGAGAUUUCCACUCAAGUACCUUUUCAGAUCUUUCUGCACAAGCAUCCGGUACACAGUGGGAGCGCUGCACAGGGUCGUGAUGGGAUAAGUGGUGAGCGUCUGGAUGAUGGAGAAAGACAGUUGUCAGAAGUGGUUAAUUAGAGGCCACAACUAGAGCUGACGUCUGCAACCCCUCAUCCUCUUUCAUUGACAUGUUUCCACCAUAUGCUCACUACUAGGAAUAAGAAAGCAAGUAUUUAUUAGUUGUCACUAGUGACUGUAUGUCUGUUGGGAAUUUCCAAUUUUGGAAAGAACAUGUGUAUGUUACAGUAACAGACAUACACAAUCAACUUCAACAGAAAGUAAAUUGUUGAACUUGAGACCAGCCCCAAAGUCUGAACUAAUUUAUUUUACCUCAGGGCUGCAAAUUGCUUUCAUGGUGGAAUUUUGAAACCCCCUGCCUGGGGCGUCUGGGUGGCUGCCUUCAGCUCAGGUCAUGAUCCCAGGGUCCUAGGAUUGAGCCCUGCAUCAGGGCUGCUCCCUCUCUCCCCUGCUUGUGCUCUCUCACUCUCUUGCUCUUAAAUAAAUAAAUAAAACCUUAAAAACCAAAAAAGAAACCCCCUGCCCAUAUAUUUCUACACAGUACUCACCCUGGAUGUAAAUUAACCUACCAAAACCUUCCAACACUUUAUCUAUAAAAGACACCAGUCCCGGGGCGCCUGGGUGGCUCGGUUGGUUAAGCCUCCUACUCUUGGUUUACACUCAGGUCAUGAUCUCAGGGUCGCAAGAUUGAGCCCUGCAUAGGCUCCGCAAUUAGCACGGAGUCUGGUUGGGAUUCUUUCCUCCUCCCUCUCCCUUUCCCUCUGCUCCUCCCCUUGCUUGUGUGCUCUCUCUCUCUAAAAUUCAAAAACAAAAACAAUCCCUUUGAGCAGAUUGAUUAAAUGCAUUAGUAAGGCCAUUUUUCAGGACUUUCCUUAACUGUUUAAGAUUUGAUGGGCUCAUUUUACCUCCAGCCUCACAGAAAAAUAAUGAGCUAGGCAUGUUAAAUCUAGAGAGAUACUCAUGUUUUAGAUGUGCUAUAUCUAGAGAGAUUCCACGAUGUCACAUAAUGAAUUGACAGUUUGUAUUAAAUUUAAGCAUUUGAGGGGCACCUGGGUGGCACGGCGGUUAAGCGUCUGCCUUCGGCUCAGGGCGUGAUCCCGGCGUUAUGGGAUCGAGCCCCACAUCAGGCUCCUCUGCU